AUGGGCAACACCUCCUCCUGCUGCGACGGCGACCGUGCCGAGAGCAAGCGCCUUGCGGCCGGCCGCACCUUUGGGCUAAACGAAGGCCCGAAACUCGCCACCACGCUCGGAAACGAUCGUGGCGCAGGCGGGGCUGGGUAUUUUGUCGGUGCACAGGGCGGCGCGAUUAAGGACCGGCUGAAGGCGGGCAGUUUUCAGCAGGCUUAUGGGGUACUAAUCUAAGAUUUUGAAUUUACGAUCUCGUUUUGGAACAGGUAGUUUCGGUUUGGGCAAGCGCAUGACAACAAGGGCAUGAGCCGCAUUCCAAUAAUUACUUAGUGCAGGAAAAAUGAUCCACAACUUCUUCUUCUAUAACUGUCUCAAAAUAACUCAAUCAUUAAACUUAGAUCCUCGCCGAGCAAGUGGGUAAAAUGGAGCAGACCUUUACGCAGCUCGCGGGCGAGGAUUUGUCCAUGAUCAAACGACGGAACGCGGAGCAGACGGCGGUUACCCAGCACGGCGAUUUGGAAGUCAUUUUGCAACACUUGGCUGGAGCCCCCGGUUCGGAAGCCACCGCGUACUGGAAAUCUGUCAUGGGGCAGAACAUGAAAGCACAGGUCACGAAAGUGUGCACGCAGGUGAAUUUGACCGUGGAUCAAAACGUGAAAGACGAGCGCCGGGCCCGCUGCAUGAAGAAUUUGCAGAUUUGCCUGGACAUCGUGGCGAAGUAUUAAGUUUGCAAUGUUGCCCUGGUGGGGUGGCAGUUGCAACGCUGGAGAUGAUGUUCAGGGUCAGCACAAGCUGACGAGAACAUCAACCGGACGAGCAGCUGUGAGGACAUGACACCCUUCAGCACUGUUGAUUUGUUCAGUUGAGACGACAAGAACCUCCGAUGUGUUGCUUUGAUGGAUAAUUUGUACUUGUUACUUCUUUACGGCGAUUUGAUGGUAUGACUUUGAUGAUUCUCUUACUCUUACGAGGAUGUUGAGACACUAAUCUCGCAUGUUGAUGUUGGCGUUCUGUUUUGGAAUAAUAUUUUUUUCCUGCAAAAAUGCACGGAUGAGGGCGGACUUCUUUCCUCAUUCCACGUGCUGGAUAGUUGCAGGAGAUUUUUGUCCACGUUAUUUUUUCCAAACGUAGACUACUAGUACUCACUAAAAGUAGUACAAAAGGUUUUCUGUUAGUGUAUGAUGGCACCAGCUCUUUGCCCGCGACAGUAAGCAUUUGUCUUCACGACCACGACCUUUGUACGAUUUUUAGCAUGGUAGGUUUUUUCCAUUUUUGUUGUACAAUACACGCAGCUAAAAAUACCAGGUAUAGUAGAAGUGCCUUGAAACUACAACUACACGUACACGCUCCAAGAUAAAUGACUUCGCCAUUCUUUUCGCGAUACUUUUUUCGCACGGAUGAGAAGAAGUCCAGAAACCUAUGAUAUGGAUCAUGUGAGGAUGCUUUUAGUACACAGCCUGGGUUACUAGCAGCAAAU